AUGGAGCCUAAAGUAGUACAGAAGUGUCUUCUAGAUUCAGCUAAGAGUCAUUCUAAUGGAGAAAGUCUGUGGUAGUACGAUAAAAAGUAUAGCUAUCACAAGCAAAGUGGAAGUGGAAAUAACUGGGCUUUGGGAUACCUCUAUUAUUCUCAAGAGGAAUAUGAGGAGACUCAUUCUAGGAUAUAGUCUUUGCUAGAAAGUUUGGACUACUUUGGUGGAUUUUAAGUUUUCUCUUCUCUGGCUGGUGGUACUGGAUCUGGACUGGGUGCACAUAUAGUCGAGAGACUAAGAGAAGAUUUCUCAAAAAGUAAUAUGAUGAAUGUUGCAGUGUGGCCUUAUUAAAGUGGAGAGGUUAUAUUGUAAAACUAUAAUGUGCUUCUAACUCUUAACAGUUUGAUUCAAGAUUCUGACGGGGUUAUUCCUAUCUAUAACGAUGAGAUUAUGUUUGUUUGCAGGGAACUUCUAAAAAAUAAAAGGCCAUCUUAUAAAGUAAUGAACACUGUCAUUGCUUAAUAACUAUUAAGUGUCAUGUUUCCAUUCUCAAAUUCAACUAAAGAUAAAAUGUCGCUCUGGUCAGGUUCAAAUUCUAAUAUUCUCUCUGAAAUAGUUCGAUAACUGUGCAUAUAUCCACAGUUCAAACUAUUAAGCUUGAAGAAUAUUCCAUAGUGCGAUAACAAGACUAUAGAGUUCAACACCGACUUAUGGGAGGGAAUGAUCCAGAGAAUAAGAUAGAUGAUUAUUACUAAUGGCAACGAGCACAAAAUCAACUGGUCAAUAAAAGCAGAGAACCCCUCAACAUAUUCAACCAAGUUUAUAAAAUCACUAUCUCACUUAAUGGUAAUUAGAGGGGACAAAGUUUUUGAUCUACCAGGUUCAUUUGAGUCUGACUAUUUUGGCAUUGGCUCUCUCUACACUAAGAAAUAUGGUGGUAGUGUUGAUAAUAAAUACGCAUACUUCAGGGAUUCUCAUAGAAUCCAUGGACAUGAGAAGAGCAUUGGUGUGCUUAGUAAUAAUCAAAGUCAUUGCUAGAUUCUUGAAAGUACUCUUAGGAAAGCCACAAUGAUGUUCCAUGAAAAAGCAUUCCUGCAUCAUUAUGAAAAGUUUGGAGUAAAUGCAGAUAAAUUUAAUGAGAUGUUUUUAACUUGCGAAACUACAUUAGCUGAGUACAAAGGCCUCUGA